CAGCAGCCCCAUCCUCCCAAUUAUAUCUCCUUUUAUCAUCUUUUUCCUCUCUCUCCCUUUACUCAAAAUCAAAACCUUUUAUAACAACACCCUUCCAAUUCUUCAUUUUGCCCUACAAAACUCCCAAUUCUCUCCUUUUUUUCUCUCUCUCUCCUCCUUUCUCUCUCUAGAUAGAUAUUGCCAGAUUCUUCUUCUUCUUCUUCUUCUUCAUCAUCAUCAUCAAAACCACUCCAUGUUGAAACUUUCUUCUUCUUCUGCAGCUGCUACAGCUUCUUCUUCUGGUGGUUCUCCACCUCCUCCACCCAAUUCUGACCAUGGGGUCACCAGUAAAAGAAAGAGAAGACCAGCAGGAACCCCAGAUCCAGAUGCUGAAGUGGUUUCGUUAUCGCCAAAAACCCUUUUGGAAUCGGAUCGGUAUGUUUGUGAAAUAUGCAACCAAGGGUUCCAAAGGGAUCAGAAUCUUCAAAUGCACCGCCGCCGCCACAAGGUGCCGUGGAAGCUGCUCAAGAGAGCGGAGACGGCGGAGGCAGUCAAGAAAAAGGUGUUCGUUUGUCCUGAACCCACUUGUCUCCACCAUGACCCUCGCCAUGCCCUUGGUGACCUCGUCGGUAUCAAAAAACACUUCCGGAGAAAGCAUAGCAAUCAGAAGCAUUGGGUUUGUGACAAAUGCUCUAAGGCUUAUGCUGUUCAUUCUGAUUUCAAAGCUCAUCUCAAAACUUGUGGCACUCGUGGCCACUCUUGUGAUUGUGGCCGUGUCUUUUCUAGAGUGGAGAGCUUCAUAGAACACCAAGAUGCUUGUAAUCUCCGGCAGCUGAGGUCUGAUGCACCGCCGCUGUUGCUACCACCGCCAUUAUUACAACCCUACUCACGAUCGAUUUCUUACACCGGUGCCUCGACCAGCAACGAUCAUAGCUUUCAAACGGCUACACCAUUACGAGGGUUUCCAAUUUUAUCAUCGAACUUAGAUCGAAACAUCAACAUUAAUUUUCCGAAUCACCAUGAUCUCGAGCUUCAUCUUUCAUCUCCAAGCUCGGCGUUUCUAAAACUCUCAAUUGGGUCAAACAAGGAAGCAAAGGAUGAACGUCAGCUCGAUUUGGCGAUCGCCGAGAAAGCUUACGCAGAAGAAGCACGACGAGAGGCGAAACGACAGAUCGAGAUCGCCGAGGUCGAGUUCGCAAAUGCAAAAAUGAUACGACAACAAGCUCAAGCAGAGUUGGAAAAGGCUAGGAUCUUGAAGGAAGAAGCCACAAGGAAAAUGAGCUCCACCAUUAUGGAAAUCACUUGCCAAACUUGUCGGCUACACUUCCAUAUGAGCUCCGUUACGCCUGAGGAGACCUCAUUGGCCAUUAGCUACAUGUCAUCCGCUACAACAGAAGGUGAUGGAGAGUGAAAAAAAAAAGACAUUAUUCAAAUUACAGUUCUUCAUUGUUCUAAGUUGUUGUUCAAAUAAUUUGUGGGAAUAUUGAAGAAGAUCAUAUCAUAAAAUCUGAGCCAAGAUGAAGAAUUGAAUUAAAAUUUGGGUUGGGUUUGGUUUUGUUGUU